CCCGCCUCCCGCGUCCGGGGCCCGGCGGAAGGACACGAGCUCCGGUCCAGGGAGGGGGACUCGUACCCCUCGGCGUGCGCCCCGCGGUCCCCGCGCCCCCGGGCGCCCCCUCCCCGCCCUCCCAGCAUGGAGCCUGCGGGGCGCCCCCGGGACCGGGUCCCCAGGAUCGAUCCGUACGGGUUUGAAAGGCCCGAAGACUUUGAUUAUGCAGCUUAUGAGGAGUUUUUUUCCGCCUACCUGGUGAUACUCACUAGAAGAGCGAUGAAAUGGUCCAAACUUUUGAAGGGGGGCGGAGGUGUCCAGAAGAGCGGUACAGUGAAGCGCUAUAUCCGGAAAGGUGUCCCCCUGGAGCACCGGGCCCACGUCUGGAUGGGGGUGAGCGGAGCCCAGGCCCGGAUGGACCAGAACCCCGGCUAUUACCACCGGCUACUGCAGGGAGAGUGCUGCGGCAGGCUGGAGGAGGCCAUCCGGACAGAUAUGAACAGGACCUUCCCGGACAACGUGAAAUUCCGGAAGAGCGCGGAUCCCUGUUUACAAAAGACCCUGUACAACGUGCUGGUGGCCUAUGGGCGCCACAACCAAGGUGUGGGGUACUGCCAGGGAAUGAACUUCAUAGCAGGUUACCUGGUCCUCAUAACCAAGAGCGAAGAGAAAUCCUUUUGGCUGUUAGACGCACUCGUGGGAAGAAUACUGCCUGAUUACUACAGCCCCGCCAUGCUGGGCCUGAAGACAGACCAGGAGGUCCUGGGGGAGCUGGUGAGGACCAAGCUGCCAGCAGUGGCGGCCCUGAUGGACAGGCACGGCGUCCUGUGGACCCUGGUCGUGUCGCGCUGGUUCAUCUGCCUGUUCGUGGACGUCCUGCCCGUGGAGACGGUGCUCCGGAUCUGGGACUGUCUGUUCAGCGAAGGCUCGAAGAUUCUCUUUCGGGUGGCCCUGACCCUGAUCAAGCACCACCAGGCCUUUAUUUUGGAAGCCAGCAGUGUGGCGGACACCUGUGAGCGGUUCAAGGAGAUCACCCGAGGCAGCUUUGUGACCGAGUGCCACACCUUCAUGCAGAAAAUAUUUUCAGAGCCCGGGAGCUUGUCCAUGGCCACCAUCACCAGGCUUCGCGAGAGCUGCAGGGCCAGGCUGCUGGCGCAGGGCUGACCAGGGCCCCUGUCUGCUGUCACCCCCAAGGCUUCAUUUCCAGAGCUGACGUUUCCUGCUGUUUGGUGCCGGAGUACUUGACGUCUGUACACUUCGUUGUGA